AUGACUUUUGGUAAAGGAUCAGUUGGGCGAAAGUUCCUUGGAGCCACGGGCCUGGUCGGCUCGCUGGCGCUGGGCGGGGGCUACUUUACAUAUCAGCGACGACUGAAGGAAAACAAAAGCUGCACAGCUGAGGAGUUCAACGCGACACAAAAUCAGGAGGAACUGUCAUGGGCUCUUUCACACCUGAAGAAUCCAAAGGAGCACCCGCAGCUUGUUCUCUAUCGCUACUCAACCUGCCCCUUUUGUGGGAUGGCCAAAGCCUUCCUGGACUACGCCAAAAUUCCCUACAAGUGCGUUGAAGUGGAGCCGAUGUGGAAGAGGGAGAUUUCCGCCUUUGCGUACAAAAAGGUUCCACAAUUGCAGUUGAACGUGCACGGACACAAUGGCCCCAUUCUGGCGGACUCUGAAAUCAUUGUCAACACUCUUGCACAACACGUGGGUGUGGGGAAGCAGCUGAAGGAUCCAGAAAUUGCGCAAUGGCGUGCGUGGGCCCGCGGACCGAUGGUACGCCUUUUGACGCUGGAAUUUAAUUCCUCUCUUUACAGUGCGUGGCGUGGUUACUCUUACAUCAAUGAUAUUGACACAAUCCCAUACACGAACAAAUUGUUCCUAAAGGUGGUGGGGGCACCGGUGAUGUACCUUGUGGCACAGUUCGUGACCAGGCCUCGACUCAUUAAAAGUGGACAUCUGCGCGAGGGAGAAGAUGCAAAGGCGCAACUCCACAGUGAGAUGAACACCUUUGUGGAGAAGGCCCUUUUAGGUGGGAAGAAAAAGUUUCACGGCGGUUCCAAACCAGAUCUGGUGGAUCUGGACAUUUAUGGCGUUCUCCAGUCUGUUAGAGGGCACCGCGUCUACGACGAAAUUAUCCGGGCGACAUCUAUUAAGCCGUGGUUGGAUGGCAUGGAUAAGGAGCUUGGCCACGUAAGCCGUGCUGCAUAG